UUGGAUGGCAAAUCGCGAAAAAAUCGUGUUCUCCACACAAUCAAUUUGUAACAAUUAUCAAUGCUUGUCACAUCGCAGCCUAACGACAUAUAAAAUCAGCCAUUGAUUUCCCAUUGCUACCGCCCACUCUGCGAGCAAUUCUCUUGACGAGUUUCGAAGUGCUUCUCAUUCAAAUGCAAACAAAGCCGAAUACGAUACGAUUACAUGAACAGCCCCGAAAUGCUGCACAACCAGAGUACGUCGCCAACGCUCAGUCCAGCGGCGCCAAUAAUGGUGGCACUUUCGACGUCCUUAGUUGUGCGCCCAACAAUGGCAGUGCUGCCAGCGCUCUGUCCACCCGACUGGACCAUCAGUAACACCUAUGACUGUAUUAAUGGAACCGUGGAUAAUGGCAUGGGAGUAGCAGGCACAAGCGCGAGUUUCACUGGCCUGCCGGGGCAAGAGGGUAUGACGCAUGGGGACGUCAAUUUCACGUUUCCCCCUGACAAUCUGUUGGAUUUCGAAAUCGACCCAUUAGAGCGCGUUGUGUCAACCAUUGUGCCCGUGUUUUUCGGCAUCAUCGGGCUUGCUGGUCUACUGGGCAAUGCACUCGUAAUUUUGGUUGUUGUCGCCAACCAACAGAUGCGGUCUACCACAAACCUGCUCAUCAUCAAUCUGGCUAUUUCGGAUAUACUCUUCGUCAUCUUCUGUGUGCCCUUCACCGCUACCGACUACGUAUUGCCCGAAUGGCCGUUUGGUAAUUUGUGGUGUAAAUUCGUACAGUAUAUGAUCGUAGUCACCUGCCAUGGCAGCGUCUAUACGCUGGUGCUAAUGUCACUCGACCGGUUUUUAGCUGUGGUGCAUCCGGUGACGAGUAUGUCCUUGCGUACCGAACGUAAUGCGAUGCUGGCCAUCAUUUGCGCCUGGGUGCUCAUUGUGACAUCAGCUAUUCCGGUGGCGUUAUCACACUCAGUUCAGCUCUACUAUUUUAAAGGACGCAACUACACAGCGUGUGUGUUCUCAUCGCAUGAAGAAAUCUGGAAUCUUGUAGCGUUUCAGGUCAUACUCGUUUUGAAGGCAUUGGAUAUGUAUGCAUCUACGCAUCUAACGGUCAUAAUUCAAAUCAUUUCGCACGUACUGGCGUACACGAACUCCUGCAUUAAUCCGUUUCUCUAUGCUUUCCUGUCGGAGAAUUUCCGCAAAGCAUUCCGGAAGGUCGUUUGGUGUGGUACACCGCCACCACUAAUUAACAACCAACAGAUCACCAAGACGACGCGCACAACCAACUGCAAUGGCACCUCUAACGUGGAAAUGUUAUAAGCCCGCAAUGGUGAAACAACCGACAACAAGCAAUGGCCACCCACAAGCCAGCAGCAGCUGAAUCAGCACACGCAAGCACUUCCAUGGCUGCGGCAAACCACAGGUGGUGUUUCAGCAACUGUAACUUUAACGCAGUCGAAUUUGUUGUUAUUUCACAUUUAAUACAAACACUUAUAGUAUGCAGAUGCAUUACAUAUAAAGCUUACUUCGAAUGCAGCGUGUCAUUUGUAUGUAUAUAAGUAUAUACAAUGUA